GUUGUCAUACAAAAAUAUUAUAAAAAUUACAAAUAUUCAGAGUUUUAGCAGCUUUCAAAUUAGUAGAGUCUUUAGUAGUAAAUGUUUGGUUUCUGUCUCGGUUAGCCGUUAGCCGUUAGCGGACACACACUCCGUAACCAUAGCAACAGAACUUAGCUCGCAAGGCAUUGUGGGUACUGUCAUGGCGGCUGGCGCCUGAUGUGACCAAACGUUCCGUUGCAUGUUUGUCGUCUAGUUGUCGUCCACGCGGUUUAAGUUAUUUUGGUAACGGUGUUUUUUGGGGUGAUACCAGCCGGUAACCAUGGCGUCCACCGCGGCGGGUAAACAGAGGAUCCCGAAGGUGGCAAAGGUGAAGAAUAAAGCUCCUGCAGAGGUUCAGAUCACCGCUGAGCAGCUGCUGAGGGAAGCCAAAGAGAGGGAGCUCGAACUCCUGCCACCUCCUCCCAAACAGAAGAUCACAGAUGAGGAGGAGCUCAACGAUUACAAACUGAGGAAGAGGAAGGGCUUUGAAGACAACAUCAGGAAGAAUCGAACUGUCAUCAGUAACUGGAUCAAAUACGCACAAUGGGAGGAAAGUCUGAAGGAGGUCCAGAGGGCUCGUUCCAUCUACGAGCGAGCUCUGGACGUGGACCACAGGAACAUCACUCUGUGGCUGAAAUACGCCGAGAUGGAGAUGAAGAGCCGGCAGGUGAACCACGCCAGGAACAUCUGGGACAGAGCCAUCACCAUCCUGCCGCGCGUCAACCAGUUCUGGUACAAGUACACGUACAUGGAGGAGAUGCUGGGCAACGUGGCGGGCUGCAGGCAGGCGUUCGAGCGCUGGAUGGAGUGGGAGCCUGACGAGCAGGCCUGGCACUCCUACAUCAACUUCGAGCUGCGCUACAAGGAGGUGGACAAAGCCCGCACCAUUUAUGAACGAUUCGUCAUCGUCCACCCCGAGGUGAAGAACUGGAUCAAGUACGCUCGUUUCGAGGAGAAGCACGGCUACAUCGCUCACAGCAGGAAGGUGUACGAGCGCUCCGUGGAGUUCUUCGGAGAGGACCACGUGGACGAGAACCUCUUCGUGGCCUUCGCCAAGUUUGAGGAGACGCAGAAGGAGUUUGAGCGCGUCCGUGUGAUCUAUAAGUACGCCCUGGACAGGAUCCCCAAACACCAGGCCCAGGAGCUCUUCAAGUUCUACACCAUGUUCGAGAAGAAGUUCGGAGACCGCAGAGGGAUAGAAGACGUCAUCGUCAGCAAACGGAGAUUCCAGUACGAGGAGGAAGUCAAGGCGAACCCUCACAACUACGACGCGUGGUUCGACUACCUGCGUCUGGUGGAGAACGACGCCGACCCCGACACGGUGAGAGAAGUCUAUGAGCGAGCCAUCGCCAACAUCCCCCCCAUCCAGGAGAAGAGACACUGGAAACGCUACAUCUACCUGUGGAUCAACUACGCUCUGUACGAGGAGCUGGAGGUCAAGGAUCCAGAGAGAACGAGGCAGGUGUACCAGGCCAGUCUGGACCUCAUCCCACAUAAAAAGUUCACGUUCGCUAAGAUCUGGCUGCUCUACGCUCAGUUUGAGAUCCGACAGAAGAACCUGCAGGGAGCCAGGAAGGUCAUGGGCACAGCGAUCGGUAAAUGUCCGAAGAACAAGCUGCUGAAGGGCUACAUCGAGCUGGAGCUGCAGCUGAGAGAGUUCGACCGCUGCAGGAAGCUCUACGAGAAAUACCUGGAGUUCAGUCCUGAGAACUGCACCACCUGGAUCAAGUUCUCCGAGCUGGAGACCAUCCUGGGGGACGUGGAGCGAGCACGCGCCAUCUUUGAGCUCGCCAUCGGACAGCCGCGCCUCGACAUGCCGGAGGUGCUGUGGAAGUCCUACAUUGACUUUGAGAUCGAGCAGGAGGAGUUUGGGAACACCAGGAACCUUUACAAGAGGCUGCUGCAGCGAACGCAGCACGUUAAGGUUUGGAUCAGCUACGCUAAGUUCGAGCUGUCCAUCGACGGCCCCGAGCGGCUGCAGAAGUGCCGUCAGAUCUUCGAGGAGGCCAACAAAGGAAUGAGGAGCUGUGAGGAGAAGGAGGAGCGCCUCAUGCUGCUGGAGUCCUGGAGGGACUUUGAGAGGGAGUUCGGCUCCGACAACAACAUGGAGAGAGUGAGGAAGCUGCUGCCGGAGAAGGUGAAGAAGAGGAGGAAGCUGACGGCCGAGGACGGGUCUGACGCGGGUUGGGAGGAGUACUACGACUACAUCUUCCCCGAGGACGCCGCCAACCAGCCCAACCUCAAACUGCUCGCCAUGGCCAAGAUGUGGAAGAGGCAGCAGGUGCAGGACAGCAUCGAGGAGGAGGAGGAGAACGAGGAGCAGCAGGAGGACGAGGAGGAGAACAAGGAGCAGGAGGAGAACAGGCAGGAGAAAUCUCCCGACGCGGCUGAAGACUCGACGUCGUCCCCGUCGUCCUCCGAGGAAGCUGCAGCUCCGCCAGACGACCAGCCGGAGAAAAACAACAACUCCGACAAAAACUCAGAGACUGAAAAAGAGGCGGAGACGUUCGACGACCGAGACGACGGCGGCAGCAGCAGCGAGGACGAAGAAGAUGAAGAUAAAAAUAAAAAGAAAGAGAGCGGAGAAGAGGAGGAGGAGAAAGAUUAAAGUUUCUCCGCUCAGAUCUUCUUCACCCUGGAUUCAUUUUUCUACUUUUUUCUUUUUAUAACAAAAACAAACAGCUGAUGAUCCAUCCGUCUUUAUUGUGUUGUGUGACCAUGUUUCUGCAUUACACAGACGUCAAAUUCAA